AUGAUCGUGCACCCGCCAUUGCAACCCGGUGGUUCGACAAUCUCACACGAAGAUGAUAUUCCGCCUCAGCCGCUAGACCAACACGAACCUCAGUAUCAGAACGGCCUGGCUCUGGCCUUAUCACAUGACCGGUCCGACCUUGAUAGUCCUAUUCAGCCUCCCGAUACGAUCCAGCCCGAUUCCCACAGAAAGCCUGCAGUCGCUUUUCAUCAGUUACCGAUCGAGGUGCUGGAAAGGAUACUAUGGAUGGUCGACGCCAAUGUCUUCGGAUCUUUGGCCAUAUUGAAUCGCAAUUGGUACAAAGCGGCUCAGAACCGAGAACUCUACGCCCACCAUCUGUCUCGGUGUCCGUCAUAUGCCUUGUCCAAUACGAUCAUCACCGGUCCAUUUCGCAAAUUUGACCUGUACCGCCUGAAGACCAGAUUCGCUGCAGAGGUUCGUCGCAACCUGUUUGAGGCUUACCUGCGGCCACGCCAGACCCUGGUCAACUUGAUUUCCGUGAAUGCGAGCUCUUCGGCCGCCUUACCGGGAGCGGAGGCGUUUCGAUUUUCGUUCUCUCCCAAUGGCCAGACGAUCCUCGCCCUCAGCUCGUCGAGGAUAUAUGUUAUCGAUCCAGUGACCGAGCCUAUCACUGUGCGCCAUGAACUCAAGACAAUGAGACGGCCGUUGGCUGCGUCAGUCACCGAUGACGGUACAAUCUUGGCUGUCUUGUCAUCGAAGCAUCAAGCCAAUGUAUACCAUUUGACAUCAGAAGGUGUCAAGCACGUGCAGGUCUUGGUCAUGGAUAAUCCCCCGAGGACGAUUGCGUUGGCUCCGGAGGGCACCGUGCUGGCUGCUGCAUAUGAAGGUGGAGUGGAGGUCUUCUCGCUGGCUCCCAACGCCUUGUCGACCGACCGCCGAGCGGUUCGAAGUGAAGGAGUUGACACCCUGAGCUUCUCUGGCGACGGGUCGAUGCUCGUCGGCAGUACCCAGAGUCUGGAAGAACCGUCAGCUGUGGUCAUCACUGCUCCAUUUUACACCGAGAACGACCUGCCCCCAAAAGAGGUCCACAGUCGGAUGUGGACGACCCAGAUUCUCUUUCCUCAGAUCAGCAGUAUCUGCAGCCAUGCUGAACUAUUGCAAGGGCACACGGAAGGCGAUGCAAACUGGAUCUUUGCUUACGAUCACACGCUCAUGUCGUACAGAGCAGUGCGGACCGAUGACACAAGAACAGGCGUGGCCUACUUUCUGAACCCCACAACGAACCGCCGUUUCAGUUUGCCAGCCCCAUCGACUGCUCCAACCGCGACAGGUUGUGGGACACUCGUCGUCGCUGGGUUUAGUGGGAGCGGCCUCUGGAUCUAUGGAGUCCCGGAAAAGCUUGACGUUGCUCCGGACAUGGGCUCUGUCGUCGAACGACAUGAACACCGUCUACAAGGCAGAGACCUCCCGCUUACCUCUGCAACAGGUCAUGUGGAGCCUCUGAUGGCAUAUUCGCCCUCGGUAUCUGGAACCAGUGAUGAAUUUGAGGACGACUCGCUUGCUGCGAAGGUUGAGUGGCGUGAGAGCUUGUUCGUCAAAUGCCAACACAUUAGGAGUCUGGAUGGUGCUACUGCAGCAAAAUGGGUCGAAAGAUGCGAAGAUAGACCAUGUGGUUUCGGUGGCAAGAGAUUGGUCGUUGUCGCGCCUGGUGGCGUGGACCAGUUUGCAGAAGAACUCGGAGAUGAGACCAUGCCCGUCGAUGGGUCCCGCCUCGCGAUCUUGGACUUCGACUACUCGCCAUCAACGGGCCCUGACCGUGAAUUGACCAUCGAAGUCGGCGAGAAAGAACCGAAGCUCCUUACUGAACAGAUUGGUGACAUGGAGAUUGAAGUUGCAAUGGAAAGACGGCGAACCGUGAGAGAACGGGCAAGAGGAGGGAUGAGGGCACCCCUGGGUCGUUCAGCCACUUUGGCCUCUGCGAAUCAAGGAUCGAGGCUCCGGAGCGUCUCCCAGACGUCUUCGCCGUUGGAUGUCGACGCACAAAUGGCUUUGGCGAAUGCUGCACCGCGUGCACCUCAGCACGCUCAUCAACCGUCACCGAAUCUGCACCGCUCUGCCACAGCCGCUGGGUUCUCCACUGCUCGAUUUCCUCCUCGACCACCUCUCGCGCAGCAGCAGGUUGGAUCCCAACCUCAGCAAUUGGACGGCUGGGAGACACCUCCUCCACCCUAUACCUCUCCGCCUCUCCGUGGCCAGACCCCGGUGCAGUUGGGCUCGCCACUUAUUCAAGCUCGUCCGAUGGGAGCUAUGCCUAUGCAAAUGGUGGGAAUCCCCGAAAACGGGCACCUCCCGCAAGUACACCCAGGAAUUGGCCACGGCCUUCCCAUGCACCACCAAGCACAAUUCGCACCUGUCCCGAUGCACAUCACCCCUCAACCAGUUCCUGUAAUGCCACAAAACGCUCUUCAUCCCGGCCGCACUGGGGCUCCGUAUCAGGCCCCAGUGCCCACAUCGAGACCCGACCUAGCAUUUGCUCCAGCAGCUGAGCCAUUCAAGCUUCCGGGCCCGAUCUCUCAGGCGGCUCCAGCAAGCACAUCCUUUGCUCCGACAGCUUCAGAAGGCCCAUCGAGGCCGGUGUCUCAUGAAGGCCGGAUAUCGCCAUACCAACAGACACCUGUGUCCCAACGACUUCAGAACCCUGAUCGUCCAUCUCCCCCUAUUCUUUCACAACCGUCCCACAAUCCGCUCAACGCAGCUCAAACACAGAAUCUCUCUUCUUCGGGCUCAGUCACAUUGACAGGGUCAAAUCUACAAGCUCGUCUGCAGCAGCCCGUCCCGCCAACCCCGACAUCAUUCCAGCACAUGUCUCAUGUAUACGACGAUAUAAGCCCAACUGUCGCGCAGCAAUCUGCCGCUCUGCCCGGCGCCCAGGCAGGCCCUUUCAGUGUGGCGCCUCCGACAGCCGACCAGAUGGCCAACCUGAACCGUCGAAUUUCCACCACGACACGAAAACCCGUUGCGCCCAUCACGACCAAUGGUGCUUCUUACUCAAACUCGGCGAGGCUUGAUCUCAUUGGUGGUUCGGGUGUGCCGCCGUCGCCACCUCCAGGGGCGUGGGGCGCCGCCGGCGUGCCCGGGUCCCCCUCGUUCAAUAAGGCCAUCAAUGCUCCCAACGGCUUAACGAGGGAUAACUCGAGAGGAAGUGGUCGGUCGAUACCUGUUUCUGCCUCUACGCCCAACUUGCAUGCUGCUCCGUCAGCCCGUGCUCAGCGACCGGGAAUGGGCAGACUAGACACCAUCGACAGUAUAUCCAGCUCAUACGGGCCCGGUGAACCAGGUCAAAGAUCACACAGUGCUACGCAGCCACUCCCACCGCUGCCUCCGCCGCAGUCGCCACAUUAUCCAUACCCUCAACAUCUCCCACAGCAACAAUACCAGCAAACGCAGAGUUAUCAGGCAAGGACCUGGACGGGCGACAGCGACGAUGUCAGCCCGAUCCAGGACAGCGGGCGACGAGUUCUGUCCGAUCCGACGCUGCUGGCCUCGAACAAGAAGAAAAGCAAGCGGAAGAAGGGCGAAGAAGUGCCGCGGAGCCAGACGCCCAUGCCGAUCAGUUCGGGGGGAGUGAAAGAAGCAAAGAAAAAAGGAAGUAGAUGUGUGGUCAUGUAA